AUGUUAAGGAGGAUCUUGCAGAGGACUCCUGGGAGAGUUGGCUCUCAAGGCUCUGAUUUAGAUUCAUCAGCAACUCCUAUUAACACAGGGGAUGUCAAUAAUGAAAACUCUUCAGAGGGUUUCAUAUGUCCCCAGUGUAUGAAAUCUCUUGGAUCUGCUGAGGAACUUUUCAAACACUAUCAGGCAGUUCAUGAUGCUGAUAAUGAUUCCAGUCAUGGAGGAGAGGCUAACCUUGCUCUGAAGAGAGAUGAUGUAACACUACUUAGACAAGAGGUCCAGGACCUACAGGCUUCACUUAAGGAAGAAAAAUGGUACUCAGAAGAAUUAAAGAAAGAAUUAGAAAAAUUUCAAGGGCUGCAGCAGCAAGUGUCUAAACCUGAUGGAUUGGUGGCUGAUUCAUCAGCAGAACUUCACUCUUUGGAACAACAAUUAGAAGAAGCUCAAACAGAAAAUUUUAAUAUUAAACAAAUGAAGGACUUAUUUGAACAGAAAGCAGCACAACUUGCCACUGAAAUUGCAGAUAUAAAGUCAAAAUAUGAUGAAGAAAAGAGUCUUCGAGAAGCUGCUGAACAAAAAGCAUCACAUCUGACAGAAGAAUUAAACAAAGAGGAAACUAUAAUUCAAGAUCUGAAGACUGAACUGCUUCAAAGACCUGGUAUAGAAGAUGUUGCUGUGCUAAAGAAAGAACUGGUCCAAGUUCAAACACUAAUGGAUAACAUGACUUUGGAACGUGAGAGAGAAUCUGAAAAACUCAAAGAUGAGUGCAAAAAAUUACAAGCAGAUUAUGCUAACUCAGAGGCCACAAUAAGCCAGCUAAGGAGUGAACUUGCCAAAGGGCCCCAGGAAGUUGCUGUGUAUGUGCAAGAAUUACAAAAACUUAAAAGUUUUGUUAAUGACUUAACACAAAAAAAUCAGAACUUGACUGAAAAGUUGCUGAAGAAAGAACUGGACUAUACUCAGUUAGAAGAGAAGCAUAAUGAUGAGUGUGUGAGUAAAAAGAAUAUACAAGUAAGCCUUCAUCAAAAAGACCUAGAUUGUCAACAACUUCAGUCAAGAUUAUCUGCUUCUGAAAUCACACUGCAGAGAAUACAGGCAGAAUUAGGUGAAAAGGGAGAAGCUACUCAAAAACUCAAAGAAGAAUUAUUAGAAGUAGAGACCAAGUACCAGCAUCUUAAGGCAGAGUUUAAGCAGCUACAACAACAGAGAGAAGAAAAGGAGCAGCAUGGAUUACAGCUCCAAAGUGAAGUUAAUCAGUUACAUAGCAAACUCCUGGAGACAGAACGCCAACUAGGGGAAGCUCAUGGAAGGCUGAAGGAACAGAGACAGCUUUCAAGUGAGAAGUUGAUGGAUAAAGAACAGCAAGUAGCUGAUUUACAACUCAAACUUUCUCGUUUAGAAGAAGAGUUAAAGGAAAAUGUAACAAAUUCCACAGAACUGCAGCAUCAAUUAGAGAAAACAAAGCAACAGCAUCAAGAACAACAAGCUCUUCAGCAAAGCACUACAGCAAAACUUCGAGAAGCUCAGAAUGAUUUGGAACAAGUACUACGUCAAAUUGGUGAUAAGGACCAAAAGAUCCAGAACCUUGAAGCCUUAUUACAGAAAAGUAAAGAAAAUACUUCCUUAUUAGAAAAGGAAAGAGAAGACCUUUAUGCAAAAAUUCAGGCUGGUGAAGGGGAGACUGCUGUUCUUAACCAGUUACAAGAAAAAAACCAUACAUUGCAGGAACAAGUAACUCAACUGACAGAGAAGCUGAAGAAUCAGUCAGAAAGCCAUAAACAAGCCCAGGAGAAUUUGCAUGACCAAGUGCAAGAGCAGAAGGCACAUCUUAGAGCUGCACAAGAUCAGGUCCUUUCCCUAGAAACCAGUGUCAAUGAAUUAAAUAGUCAGCUAAAUGAAAGCAAGGAGAAGGUCUCUCAGCUUGACAUACAGGUUAAAGCCAAAACUGAAUUGUUGCUGUCAGCAGAAGCAGCAAAAACUGCUCAAAAAGCAGAUCUUCAAAAUCAUUUGGACACAGUCCAAAAUGCAUUACAAGAUAAACAACAGGAGUUAAAUAAGAUCACUACACAGUUCGAUCAGAUCACUACAAAAUUGCAGGAGAAGCAAGAACAUUGCAAUCAAUUAGAAAGUCAUCUUAAAGAAUAUAAAGAGAAACACCUGUCUUUAGAACAGAAAACUGAAGAAUUAGAAGGUCAUAUUAAGAAACUAGAAGCUGAUACUCUUGAAGUCAAAGUAAGCAAGGAGCAAGUUUUGCAGGAUCUACAACAGCAAAGACAGCUGAACACAGAUUUAGAGUUUAGAGUCACAGAAUUGACUAAACAACUAGAAGUGGAGAAAGAAAUAGUAUCCAGUACAAAAUUGGACCUACAGAAAAAAUCUGAAGCCUUUGAAUAUAAUAAGCAAAUGCUUACCAAACAAGAGGAAGAAAAAACAAUUCUUAAAAAAGAAAUAGAAAAUUUAAGUCAAGAUGCAAAGAUGCAGCACAAGGAAUUGAAUAACAAAGUUCAAACCGCAGUAGCAGAACUACAAAAAGUAAAGAUGGAGAAAGAAGGUCUAGAGGCAGAACUUUCUGCAGCAAAAGAGAAAUUAUCAAAAGUUUCUGAUUCUUUGAAGAACUCCAAAAGUGAAUUUGAAAAAGAAAAUCAGAAAGGAAAGGCUGCUAUAUUAGAUUUGGAAAAAACUUGCAAAGAAUUGAAGCAUCAAUUUCAAGUACAGAUGGAAAGCACACUUAAGGAUCAGAAUGAACUGAAAAAAUCACUUGAAAAAGAGAAGGAGACUUCUCAUCAUUUGAAGUUGGAACUCAAUUCAAUGCAGGGACAAGUCAUACAGGCCCAGGAUAAUUUAAAACAAAAGGAAAAAGAAGAACAGCAACUCCAGGGGAACAUAAAUGAGCUAAAGCUAUUGACUGAACAGAGGAAAAAGCAAAUUGAAGCACUCCAAGGAGAAGUUAAAAUUGCUAUCUCACAGAAGACAGAACUUGAGAAUAAACUACAGCAGCAGUUAACCCAAGCAGCGCAGGAACUUGCAAAAGAGAAGGAGAAAAUGUCAAUUUUACAAAACACAUAUGAAAAAAGUCAGGAAAACCUAAAACAGCUUCAGUCUGAUUUCUAUGGGAAAGAAUCUGAACUUCUUGCAACAAGGCAAGAUCUUAAGUCUGUAGAAGAGAAGCUUUCUCUAGCACAGGAGGACUUAAUUUCAAACAGAAAUCAAAUUGGAAACCAAAAUAAAUUGAUUCAAGAACUAAAGACUGCCAAGGCUACUUUGGAACAAGAAGCAACAAAGAAAGAACAGCAGUUAAAGGAGCAGAGUGCAGCACUACAGGAUAUUCAGAAAGAAAAGUCACUGAAAGAAAAAGAACUAGCAAGUGAAAAAUCUAAAUUGGCAGAGAUAGAAGAAAUUAAGUGUAGACAAGAAAAAGAAAUUGCUAAACUGAGUGAAGAACUCAAAUCCCACAAGCAAGAAAGCAUAAAGGAGCUAACAAGUCUCAGGGAGGCCAAGCAGCUUUUGAUUCAGCAGAAACUAGAGCUUCAAGGGAAAAUAGAUUCCUUGAAGGUAAUCCUUGAACAGGAGAAGAAUAAUCAGCAAAUGCUAAAAGAGCAGGUGAAAAAGGAAGAAGAUGAGUUGAAGAAGGACUUUAUUGAGAAGGAAGCUAAACUGCAUUCUGAAAUAAAAGAAAAAGAAGUAGGAAUGAAAAAGCAUGAAGAAAAUGAAGCAAAACUUACCAUGCAGAUUACAGCAUUAAAUGAAAAUUUGGGCACUGUGAAGAAGGAGUGGCAGUCCAGCCAACGGAGAGUCAGUGAGCUUGAGAAGCAGACGGAUGACUUACGGGGUGAAAUUGCAGUAUUAGAAGCAACGGUUCAGAAUAAUCAAGAUGAAAGGAGAGCACUACUAGAAAGAUGUCUUAAAGGAGAAGGUGAAAUAGAAAAGCUUCAAAACAAAGUACUGGAAGUGCAAAGAAAGCUGGAUAAUACAACUGCAGCAGUGCAGGAGCUGGGCAGAGAGAAUCAGUCCCUUCAAAUCAAGCAUACACAAGCAUUGAAUAGGAAAUGGGCUGAAGAUAAUGAAGUACAAAACUGUAUGGCCUGUGGGAAAAACUUUUCAGUAACAGUGAGACGGCAUCACUGCAGACACUGUGGAAAUAUCUUCUGUGCUGAGUGUUCAGCCAAAAAUGCCUUAACUCCUUCUUCUAAGAAGCCUGUUCGUGUCUGUGAUACAUGUUUCAAUGAUUUGCAAGGAUAA